GGCAGCGCAGCUCGCAAUUCAAGAGAGUGGGAUCUCUGUACUUGUUUGUUUCUUAUCUUCUACCUUAUAUCUGCCGUCUUUCUUUUCAUUCAAUCGUUGCAACCCUCUCCGUCUUUCGUUGAAGUCCACUCUCCCUACGGCGAACCCCAGCCGGCCACAUUUCCUUAUCGGUGACUGAACUAUAUCCCUCAUAGAAUUGUCACACUCUGUAUGAUCGCAGACAUCUCAUAUAUCUCAAGCGCGGACAUAACUCUCUCCUUCAUUUCUUGAUGAUACCAUGGUAAUCGGAUCGUUGCAUACCCAGAGGGUCAUUUCGGGUGUCGCUGCAACACUAAUAGCGCUCGCAAGUGGAACCAAUUAUGCAUAUUCGGCAUGGGCACCCCAAUUCGCCGAACGGAUGGUGUUGUCCUCGAAGCAAAGUAAUAUGAUUGGGAUUGCGGGAAACAUUGGGUUAUAUUGUUCAGGAUUUUUUACAGGAUAUUUGACUGAUACAAGAGGACCCCGACCUACUUUGUUACUGGGCGCUCUGGCUCUAUUUUGGGGUUAUUAUCCUCUCUAUCUUGCAUACAACCAUGGACAAGACUUCCUCUCACUUAGUUCACUUUGUUUCUUUUCAUGGCUCACGGGUCUGGGGGGAUCCGCUGCAUUUUCCGGAGCCAUAAAGGCUGCAGCAAGCAACUUCCCCGAAAAGAGUGGUACAGCUACGGCUUUCCCACUUGCCGCCUUUGGACUGAGUGCUUUCUUCUUUUCAAGCAUGGCAGCGAUAUUCUACCACGGCCAAGUAGGCCCAUUUCUCCUAAUGCUGGCCGUGGGGACGGCAUUGAUGGUCGUGGUUUUCGGGGUGUUUCUUCGAAUUCUUCCUCCAGAACAGCCUUAUACCGCUGUACCAGAACGUGAUGGGGAAGAUCGCCAUCAGUUUGUAUAUGAGCGACCUGCAGAACUAGGUAGGCAAAGAACAAAUUCCGAAUCCUCAUCACUCUUACCUUCAUCAUCAACACCGCCCUAUCUGUACGACACGGGCGAUGCUGCACAGUCCAAUUCCCGUGGUGCAGUUAAGCCGGAGCUUGACGAGACAAGAGAUGCAGACGACGCUUCGUCUCUGCUUUCCAAGCCAGAGUCCCUACAGGAUCCCCAGAACGAUGACGGACAUGGCAGACAGCCACAUCAAACCGAUGAAGAUGAUGACGAAGGUAGCUCACACUAUGUAGAUGUCAAAGGAUUGGCUCUUUUCACAAAACGCGAGUUCUGGCAGCAGUUCAUAAUGAUGGCGCUGUUGUCGGGUAUUGGAUUGAUGACCAUUAACAACAUUGGCAAUAAUACUAAAGCACUAUGGAGGUAUUACGACGACAGUGCGGACUCCAAAUUCAUCCAGCAUCGUCAAGUAAUGCAUGUCUCGAUUUUGUCGUUCUGCAGCUUCCUCGGCCGAUUGUUGAGUGGUGUUGGCAGCGACUUUCUCGUUCACAGACUCAACAUGUCUCGUUUCUGGUGCAUCUUCCUAUCCUCAGUCGUCUUCACUCUGACGCAGAUAGCCGGCACAUCAAUCAGCAAUCCAAAUCACCUCUACCUCAUCUCAUCAUUUACAGGAUUAGCCUACGGCUUCCUCUUCGGCGUCUUCCCGUCAGUCGUGGCACACACAUUCGGCAUGUCCGGCUUGAGCCAGAACUGGGGUGUAGUGAGCCUGGCUCCCGUACUUAGCGGAAACAUUUUCAAUCUGCUUUAUGGCGCAAUCUAUGACCAUCACAGUAUUGUCGGGCCACAGGGACAGCGGGACUGUAGCGAAGGACUGCAAUGUUACCGGUCAGCUUAUUGGUUGACGUUUUUCAGUGGUCUCGGCGGGAUGGCGGUCGCAUUGUAUUGUAUCUGGCAAGAGAGGCAGAUUCACGGACCUAGAGGAGGUCGUAAAACCCCGAGUCAUGAAAGACUGGCUUGAGCUGAACGCUGAAGUGGAGCGGUAGAUGGGAUAGAAAGGUUUUUGAUAUCGUGUCAUUUUCAUUUGGUUGAGGAAAGCGGAUAUAGAUCUCUCAUGGUGUUUUUCAUUUCGGGCGGCGUACUUUAUCUGUAUAUAGUUAUAACUUAUGUACUGCGCAUUUAACUAAAAUAACAUACAACUUUCAAC